GCAUUCAUAGUUCUAUGGUUGAAAUAUAUUCUUCUUAACCUCCAAAUCCCAAUUUUGAAUAAAUAAAAAAAAUUUAAACCGAAUGAAAAUCAUAUAGCAUUAUGAUUUUUACGACAACGCUAUUAACAUCUUGCUUAAAACUACUAUUAAUUCCAGCUUAUAGGUCUACAGAUUUUGAGGUUCACAGGAACUGGCUGGCCAUAACUUUUAGUUUACCAGUUAAAAAAUGGUACUUUGAAGAUACUUCGCAAUGGACAUUAGACUAUCCACCACUUUUUGCUUGGUUUGAAUACGUGUUAUCAUAUGUUGCAUACCUAUUCGAUCCUAAAAUGUUGAAUGUUAAUCAUAUAAAUUAUUCUUCCGAGAAAACUGUCUUAUUCCAAAGAUUAUCGGUCAUUUUCACAGAUUUGGUUUAUACUUUAGGUGUUCACAUGUGCUGUUCUUCUUUAAAAAAAGGUUGGGGUAAAGAAGUAGUACUACCAAUACUUCUUAUUACAAAUUGUGGUCUUUUAAUGGUAGAUCACAUACAUUUUCAAUACAACGGAAUCAUGUAUGGUAUAUUACUUAUAUCUAUUGCUUAUAUGUUUCAGGAAAAAUAUCUUCAAUCAGCUUUUUGGUUUAGUUUAUUGUUAAAUAUGAAGCAUAUUUAUUUAUAUGUCGCUCCUGCUUAUUUUAUUUAUUUACUAAGGAACUAUUGUUUGAAAGGACCCUUUAUCCUUCAUAAUAUAUUAACAAAAACUACAAUGAAACAUUUUACGUUGUUAGGAUCUGUGGUAAUGGGCGUAUUUCUUAUCACAUAUUUUCCAUUUUAUGACCAACUUCCACAGAUUUUGUCUAGAUUAUUUCCUUUUAAAAGAGGUCUUUGCCAUGCUUAUUGGGCACCUAAUUUCUGGGCAAUUUACAACACUGUGGAUAAAAUUGGAUUUUUCUUAGUUUCUAGAUUUACCAAUGAGAUACUAACAACAGAUACAGCUUCGAUGACAGGAGGACUUGUGCAAGAAUUUUCACAUUCAUUAUUGCCCAACAUCACGCCCACCAUCACAAUGAUACUAACCGUUUUAUUUAUGUUACUGCCAAUGAUUAAAUUGUUUUUACUAGAUAAACAUCCGACACAUUUUUUAAGAUGUAUGGUGAUAUGUGCAAUGACAUCUUUUGUAUUUGGAUGGCAUGUACACGAAAAGGCUAUAUUGAUGGUGAUAAUACCAUUAAGCAUUCUUUCCAUCUUGAAUCCUACAGAUGCCAAGAUAUUUCUAAUAUUAUCAACAGUAGGUCACUAUUCUCUAUUUCCCCUGCUAUUUCCUCCUUCCUUGUUGCUUAUCAAAGUACUUCUACUCCUUCUUUUCACCUUGUACUCCUUCCAUAGUAUACCGAAAUUGUACGUCACAAUACCUUCGAUAAAAUGCAAAUUAGCUUUUCUUAACUUAUGGGAAAUUUGUUAUCUAUUAGGAUUAGUUCUUGUAUUUCUAUACGAAAAUGUAAUACACUUUUUAUUAGGUUUGAAUAGCAAAUAUCCGUUUCUACCUUUGAUGAUUACUUCUGUUUAUUGUGCUAUAGGAGUUAUGUAUUGUUGGAUUUAUUACUACAUUCACUUUUUAAAAUGUGAUGAAGAACAAAAUGCUGUGAAUAGAUUUAAGAAACAAGAUUAAUUAAAUUUUCAUGUUGCA